AAAACAAGACCGACCCCCGAAACUUAGAAUCAAGAAACCAUGAAAUCAGUACCGUUAACCCCAAAUUCUUCUGCAAAAUCAUCCACAACGGCAACCAGCUCCGGCACAAGCAUGGAAUCUGAAUCAAGGGAUAGCUAUUAUUUUCCGGGAUGUCGAAAAGAUGCCAACUGCAACUGCGAAAUGUGCAUAGAAAGCAUGAAUGCCACCCUUGAUCUUAUGCCCCAAAGCAAUUACAGAGGCUCUAUGACUAAGCGUUCAAUUUCGAAGCCUACUCUUCGAAGAAGUCCCAUCUCAUUCAACACUUCAACUCUUUCAACCCCUAAAUCAAGGACCGAAACUGUUAAGAUGUCACCGCCCCUGAAUUCCACUGCAAGAAUCUGCUUUCAUGACAAGUUGAAGAGAAAGGAGAAACAUUUCAGAUUUGGGGUCUCUGUGAUUAGAUUGCUGUGGGGUCUGAGCUUGAUUUUGGCUGCGGAAUUUGGAUUCUCUUGGGUGGUUUCUGGGAUACUUAGGCCUGAAUUAUCACGGGAAAAAGUGAGGAUUUUGGGCGAGAAAUCACUUGUAUCUAAGGACUUGAAUGAAAGGUUAUCGUUCUUGAAGAAAGAUUUAUGGGGUUUGGUUGGUAAGCAGAUCUCACAUUAUAGCUAUGUUGGUUCUCCCUGGAAAAUCAAUCAGGAUGGGUUUAUUUUGAAUUCCCGAAAUGUGCUGUACAAAUCCCUGACAGAAGAGGUGAGCAUCUGGGGUUGGCCUUUGCAGACAGCUGGAUUGCUCACAGCAGAAUUUUCUUCACGGUCAUUCACAAUCUUAUCAGGAAGAGUCACUGAGUGGACAAAUGGGGAGGUGGGGUAUUUGAUUCGAAACAGUAAUACUUCAUGGGUACAAGGAAAAUGGAGUGCUUCUGCUGUUCAAUUGGAUCCAAAUACAUGGAUUCUCGAGUAUCAACAAAGGCCUGUAAUUGAGAACUCGAGAUUGAUUUCAGCAGCACUGCACUUUCUGAAAUUCAGACUGAUCAGAGAACUGAAAAAUGUGCAGCAGGAGUUUUGGCUGAUAUUUGCAUUUGGCAAACAGUACAGCGGUUCAACAGGACAGAACCUCAAAAUCCCGACAUAGACGGUUUUUAAUUCGGUGUUUUAGCUACUUAUGAGAAGAGAAACUUCUCAUUACUUGUGAGAAGCUUUGGGUUGAUUGUCUCUUCUGUCCUAAAUGAAGCAUGAUCAAUUAGAAAGUGGAUUUGUUUUGUUCUAUCAACAUCGAUGUGCAUGAAGAUGCACGGGUAGAAACUAGUCCUUGUACGUUAAAAAGCUGGGGGCAGUUGAGAGGUGGAUGUGAAUAUACUUCAGAAAAUUUUGUAGACAAGUAAAAAGUUCGUAUAAUCACCAGAAAUCUUUACAAGAACAGGAGCCGUCUCUAUAAUGCAGAAAUCUAGUCCUAUCUCUAAGAAUGAUUUCUCUCUCAAAGAAUGAAGUUCUGGCAAUCCUCACAGAUCCUAAGGUUCUUAAUGAUUGGAGUGAAUGAUCUCUUUUCCUCUCUAAU